AUGACGGAUCGUUGCGUUCUUUGUAACUUAAUGCAAAAGAACGUUAAAAAUUCAAGAGUUGAUCGAACAGCUACCCUGAUGGAAGAAUAUAACAUUGAACAAGUGAUACAUAUAAAAGGUCGAGAGAAUUGUCUACCAGAUUACUUAUUCAAAAAUCCAAGACAGAUCGAUGAUGAAUUAUUCGACGUUGAUUACGGAAUUGGAACAGAAGCGGUCCUUCCAUUUACAGUACCAACGGCGGUACAGCAUACUAACACCAUCCAGCAUAGUGACCACUACCAAAAGUGGACAAAAUUAAUUCUCUCAGCGUCUGUGCCUUUAAUGAUAGGAAUUUUCACUGUUGUCACCUAUAUCCAACAGAAGGAAAUCUCGGAACGCCAUCGACAGGAAGAUGCAAUAUUGGCAAAUUUGACACGUGCACAAGAUUUAAAAAUUGCAAAUGACACACGUCUACAGGAACAGAUAUUAGCCUAUGAACAACGCUUAGAAGAUCAACGUCAAGCCAUUGAUUUGCAUUAUCAAAAUAUCUAUGGCAACUAUAUUGAAGACAUUUCAAAUGUUCUCUAUAAACAGCCAAUGAAUCAAACGAUAUUUGCUAGCGAAGAAAAUAAGAUGUCAUACAUUCGUCGAAAAACUCUGUUAACUUUGAGAGAAAUCGAUAGCGAACGCAAAAGUCACUUGUUCAUUUUUCUACAUGAGAAUAACUUGUUACCAAAUAAAAAUUCGCCUAAUACAACUAUCUCUCUGACUGAUGCUGAUUUGCAUGGUAUUACGAUUAAAAGUCCAAUUACGGGACCCUAUCAUUUUGAUGGAUUAGUGUUAAAAUCUGUUAAUCUUGUGAAUGCAUCAUUUAUGAACUGUCGAUUUGUUAAUGGGGUUAUUUUUACUGAAUCGGCAAUGUCACACAUUAACUUUCAGGGUUCGAUUUUUAGAUCGAUACCGGAAGAUGUCAGUAUCCCUGGUUGGGAUUCUAAUGUGGAUUUUGGAUGUAUAGCUGACGAUGAGCGUACUUUUAUUUUUGACCGUGUCUCACUCGACUAUGCGAAUUUCAGAAACAAUGAGUUAUGCGGUGUUAUGUUUCAGAAUGUUAAUUUAUCUUAUUCAAAUUUUACCGGAGCACAUUUAUCCUGGGUGGAAUUCACUUCAAAAACAGAACUUGUCCAUUCUGAUUGGUUUGAUGCAGAUCUGGAGGCAGUUGCGUAUAUAAAUUCGAACUUAACGGGUUCCACAUCUUUGAAUUUGAUGGAUUCAGGUAUUCAGGAGCUUUCAAACGUUGUUCUUCCGAAUGGCACUUGGCAGUUUAUCAACGAGAUAUUAAUAAAUGGCAAUGCGGAAAGCGAUUGCUGGUCAUUUGAUGGAACAGUUACCGGAUGGAAAAAAUAUACCGGCAAACCGGUUAUACGGCCUCUCGAUGAAACAGCGACUCAAUAUACAAAUGCUAGUGUCAGUAUGGGUGAAUGUGCCUUUGGACAGACGAGGGACGAUGGGUACAAAUUGGAACAAAGAAUUAAUUUGACUGACUAUUCUUUACUGAUAAACACCGGUGAAGUGAAAUAUACAUUGUCAGCAUAUUUUGGUGGUACUGGUGGCGUAUGCCAGGAAGAACAAGCCCUAGUUUUCAAUCCUAUAUUUGAAUCGGCUUUCCUGAAAAAUCCAUAUAUCAAUGCCUCCGCCGACGAAAUACGAUGGGAAUACGCCGAAGUAACAGGAGUGCUCGACGUUGAACAACGUGAUUUUAGAAUUCAUAUAUUUUUUGGAUACAAAGCAAGAGCCUGUUUGAUUGAUAACGCUGAUUUUCGUUUGGAACCGAAAGUCAAAUAG